GUAACCCGAUUCGGCGUCGAGAUCCACGGAGUCGUUGAGAAAUACUGUGACUCCAUUAAAAAACCUACUCGAGGGUUGAUGGCGAAGUCAAAGAAUAAAAGACAACACAGGCGACUCAGGGAAGGGAGACGUCCGUAAUCGAAGCAUACUUCGGAAUUCCAGACCGGAGGAAUCCUACGCCAGUCGAUUUUCGGUAGUCUUUGUUCGAUUUCAGUAAGAGCUCCGCAACCAGUCGUAGCUGAUCGGGAUUUCUGCCUUCCUCUGGUGAAGCACCAUGGUAGGAUUUAAGAAUAGAUAUAUGGUGAUGGAGGUUUUCCUGGAUCCCAAUAAAGAUCUUUCGGCGGAUGACCCAAUUAUAAUCACUCAAUUCAAUUUAUCGAAAGCCGUCAAAGAUAGCAUUCUCUCAAACUUUGGGGAAUGUGGUCUAGCAUCGUCGACAAACUCAUUCCAAGUGAAGUAUGUGAAUCCACUUACAAAACUCUGUAUAUUCCGAACUUCAAAGGAGGAUUACCAGAAAGUAUGGGCAGCCGUUACCUUGGUUAGGACUAUUGGAAACUGUCCUGUGGUGUUCAACCUUCUUGACCUUAGUGGAAGCAUCAAGGCUUGCAAAACUGCUGCGUUGAAGUGUGAUGAGAUGAAAUUCGAACAAUAUAAAUUAUCAGCCGCAGAUCGCCUCCCUGCUGAUGCCCACCAAAGAAUGCAAAACUUUCUUGAGAAGAUAAAACACUUGGAGCAUUAAAACCAAAUGGAUCGAAGAAUUUAAGCAGCCUCUGUUUCGUAGCAUCUUCUCACACAGGAGCCGGGCUUUUGCCAAACAGAUGGAUAUUUUGCGGAUCAAACAGCGCAGAAUCAUACUGGUAAGUGCUCCGUUAGUCAAGAUUAAUUUCUUUAAAUCCCUUGUCACUACGCUUACAAAAAUGUUAUCUUUCCAAGCACAUGAUACCCUAAAUUGCCCUCUCUUUGUUGUCUCCUCGGACAAAACACAAGAUCCGAGUAUUGCCUUAAAUCCGUUAAUGGAAGGCUUCUUCUCCAUCGGACAAAAAUCUUGUAGUGAGGCGAUUUCGAAGAAUUAAACACUAAAUCGACCCCCAAAAAUUUUGCUGUGUAUUCGACUGCCAGUAAGGUUAAUAGGCUUCGGUUGUUGGAAUUUUGUUAACGUAUCGACUCUUUUCGGGGUUGAUCUGAUUAGAGCAUUAGCAGGCCAUUGCAUCGUACCAAUUUGAAUCUGAGUAGAGAUAUUAUUGCAGGCAACAGCCAGACGAGUUCUGUCGAGCGAAACUUUGGUAAUUCAUAUAUGUAUGUUUUAGUGGUUUUUGGAAUAGAACAGAUGUUUUAAGUGAUUUAUGAUUGUUUAAGGAUUCUUUUUUUAUGUUUA